AUGCACCUUAGUGUGGCACUGUGGGCAUGUGGCGCCCUUCUGGCGGUGCUCCUCACCUGGCAACAGCGCAAGUGCUGGCGGCUCAUCUGGCAACUGAAUGGAUGGCGCGGCGUGCUGCAGCAGCCCGUCCUCUGGUUUCUACUCUGCAUCAAUCUGCAUCCCAACAGCAUUCUGGAGAAGGUUACUCAGUACCGGGUGUACUUUCAGCGUCCUCUGGCCAUUCUCGUUGGCACCCGAGUCCUUGUUUACAUUGAUGAUCCUGCCGGCAUGGAGUGUGUCCUGAAUGCACCAGAGUGUCAGGAUAAAACAUUUCUGCAAGAUGGCUUCUUCGUUCGUCGCGGCUUGCUUCAUGCCAGAGGACAGCGGUGGAAAUUGCGCAGGAAGCAACUGAACCCCGUCUUCAGUCACAAUAUCGUGGCCGGUUUCUUCGACGUCUUCAACUCGGUGGGCAAUCAGAUAAUCGAGCAAUUCCUACUGCAAUCCAAUCUCCAUGGAGAGGCCGUGAAGUUCACCGAUGCCGAGGAUUUACUCAGUCGAGCUGUUCUGGAGGUGUCCUGUUUGACUAUCAUGGGCACACCAACCAAUUUCACGCAGAUUGACGAUGCUCACAUUGCCCACAGUUACAAGAGACUGCUGGAGAUCUCAGCCGUGCGGGUGGUGAAGCCAUGGCUGCAAAUCCGCUUGCUGCACCUCCUUUUGGCCCCGGAACUUUACAAGGAGUCCGAGAAGUGCUACAAAUUGCUGGCCGACUUUGUGGGCGAAAUCGUGAGGAGCAAGCAUCGCAAUUGGCGACUGAGGGACGCCGUCGGCGGGGAGAAUCCUGGCGAGGAUCCGUCCUCCUCCGGCUGGCAGCGUCGCAUUUUCAUCGAGCAGAUCUUCCAUCUGGCCGCCAACGGUGAGAUGACCCUCGAGGAUAUUAUGGACGAGGCUCAGUCGAUGGUUCUUGUGUCCUUCGAGACGGUGUCGAACAGCAUAAUGCUGGCCCUGCUGUGCUUGGCGACCAACAAGGGCGACGUGCAGCGGAGAUUGCUGGCGGAGAUCAGGGCCGUGGUUCCGGACAGCGGAAACGUGGGAUUGGAGCAACUGCAGCAGCUGCGAUAUCUGGACGCCUUUGUCAGUGAAUCGCUGCGACUCUUGGCCACGGUGCCGAUGAAUCUGCGUCACGUGAGCCGUGACUUUCAGCUGGCUGGAAGGGAGGCCAUUGUUCCGCAGAACAGCAUCGUCGUUUUGGACACAUUUAAUAUGCAACGCGACGAACGAUGGUGGGGCGCCACCGCCAAGCAGUUCGAUCCGCAGCGUUUCCUUGACCAGGAGGAUCAGUCCCAGGGGCAGGAUAAAACAGGACCUGGGGAAGCAAGGAGGCAGCGCGACCGAAGGCACUCCUACAGCUUCCUGCCCUUCUCAAAUGGACUGCGCUCUUGUAUCGGUCGACGAUAUGGGCUAUUCAUCAUGAAGGUGUUCUUAGUUAAGCUGCUCUUGAACUUUGACUUCCAGAGCGAUUUUGAGCUGGAGAAACUGCAGUUGGUGGAGAACAUAUCGCUGAAAUUCAAGAACGCCGACGACAUCUUGCUGGCCAUCCAGCCACACAAGAAGUUCAAGGAAUAGAAUCCCAUUCUUGAAUAUAUUAUAAUCAAUUUUUUUUCUUAUACUUACCAAUUUACAAUAGUAAUAUGUAAAUAAUUGUUACACGAGUGCUAUUUUUCAUGGAUUUUACGCAGUCUCAAUAAAAUGUCCUUAUUGUAAGGAAAUAUCCUUUCAACGUA